AGAUCGUUAUUACACAGAGGAUCCCUGAGUGGGAGCAUCAGCUGAUCUUGACAGCUGAUUCGCGUUGUUGAGACGUUUGUUCAAAAUAAAAAGAUAAAAGUGUUUAAAAAAUAAAUCAAUAUGCUUGAUAACGACAGAGGAGAGUUAGCUUUGCUGCAGCAAGAAUUUGACUGGGUGCUCAGUGAAGAAGUUCCAAGGGUUUUUACACAGGUGAUGCAAGUUCUUAAGGAAUGCUGUACUCACUUCCCUGUCCCACUAUGUGGUAAUGAGACAGCUGUCAAACAAGAGAAGUUUAUUAUGUCUACAGCUGCACACAGCACACAGGACCAGGUCAAGUGUGUAGUCACUGUGACUGGAGACACCAUUAGCCAGGCAGACAUCAACAUGAAGGUGGCCAAACACCAAAACCAGGUGCACCGUACCAGUGUAACACCCGAUGCCCCAUGGCGUAUACAACAGAUUCAAGAUGCAGGGAACUUUCUGCAGCUUGCAAUACAGUUCUUGCAAGGACAUGGAGCUAAUAACACUUUUAAAACAAGCAGUGAGGUUUUGAAUGUGCUGGGUCAACUAAUCAAGAUGCUACAAACUGGUCGCAGCAGCCUUCUCAUUCCUCGGAAAAAGACAAUUGAUGAACUUCUAAGUAGCAGAAACAUGAAAUCCCUGACACCUCCUUUGCCAGGGGAUUUGGCAGUAAGCUUUUACAUUCAAGCUCACAAACUAGUACUUGCUGUGUAUCACCUCUCAAAUGCUGCUGGAACCAUGAAGUUUGAGAGUGUCCAGGCUGAAUGUGCUGUACCUUGGCUUAGUCCUGUGCUUGUAUGUUUUACAACAGCUUUACAUUUAGCUCACCAGUUGAGAGAUAAGAUAUCUGUUUUCUCACAGUUUAAAGAUUUCACUCCAGAUUCCUGUAGUGUAUCAACAAUAUCUUGCUGAAACAAAGCAAAAUAGUUAUAAGAUCUGCUGAAUUUGUUGGAAAGAGAAGCAAAUUACUCUGUUAGGUAUUAAGAAGAAACAUGGCUUCUUCUCCAGCCUCUCAUCAUCUCCUGCAUCUUCUUCCUCUUUCUUUUGCUUCCUCUCCGUUUUCUCUUUGUCUGUGCUCCUCCUUUUUACUCUACAACUAUAAUGUUGCAAUGGUUUUCAUGUACAGUGGAAGUGGAAUGCUUUUUUGGCUAUGUUUAAAGCAAGCUCAUCAGAAUUUACAAACGUGAAUAAGAAAAUAAGUGUAUUUGCAUAUUAGGAAUAUAGGCCUUUAGUACUUUGAGGUGUCAAAAAAACGUGUGAAAAGAACAGUAUUCUAAGUUACUUAGAAAGUACGUUUAAAACUCUUCUCCAGUAUAUGAGUUUUGUUAUAUUUUAGUUAACUUUGUUAAUAAAAACAUGUAAUGAGGUUGCAGUGUCCUUUGUGAAUUAUUGCAUACCAACUGAACUUGCAUAGAAAAAAAUAGAGCACUCCUGGUUUCCUAUGUAAAUAGAUAGUACCAAUUGUAGUCUUGUACAGUAAAUUACUUGUAGUAAUUUAUUGUUCAUAAUCCAUACCCUGGGCCAUCAGCAGCUGUGUAUUAGAGCACAAUGUUAAGGUUCAUAAUAACCUGUAAACUGUUGUUGUUAGAUGUCCUAAGUAGGUUUGAGUGUGAAGUGAUGUAUAUUUCAUGUUGUAUAUAGGCUUAUAUUUCAUAACCCAGAUAUUAAAAUGUUCAUAUAUUUUAGAUUCUAAAACCAAAAGUAAUUGUGUGUGUUCUACAUUAUUUUUUAUUGAACAAAAUUUAUUUAACCCAUUAUUGCUGGAUGCACAUACUGUCCACAUCAGUUAUGUUUUGUGAUUUUUUUUUACACUUAGAUGGCUCCACAAGUCACCAACACCAAGGAGUCAAUUUAUAGUGUAGUGACCACAGCUGAUUUUUUUCCUUUUUUUGCUAUUAUUUGUUAUUGUUGUUAUAUUAUUAUUAUUAUUAUUAUCAUUGUCAUUAUAUGUUUUUAUUUUUUAUUAUUAUUAUUAUUUAAAAUACAUAUUAUUCUAAUGUUAUAUACCAAUGCUAUCCCAGCAUCAGGGGGUUAAGUGAAACAUGUUUUUUUU